AUGAAGAACAAAAUAUGGAUUCUGACUAUAACUUUAUUGAUCCAAAGUUUUAAAUCGAGAGCAGAAAGGGGUGUUAUAACUGUUAAAAAAGUUACUAUAAGCCUUCCAGAAGUAUGUCCCUGUGAAUACAAUUAUAAACCAGUCUGCGGGACUGAUGGAGUAUCAUUUAUUAAUAAAUGUCUUCUUGAUUGUACGAAUGAUAGAAACGCCCUUCUGACCCAUGGAUUGCCACAUAUUUCAAUCGCCCCUGACGAUCAAUGUACUGGAUGUGUAUGUCUGAAUCUCAACCUUCCCGUCUGCACAUUAAACGGAGUGACUUACAACGGUGAAUGUGAAUUAGCCUGUGAAAAUAGAAAUCGUAUUCGUGAUAAUCAACCACUUGUUUACCUCGCAUAUAGAGCGGCUUGUAAGGGACCACCAUGUUCUUGCAGCACCGUUGCGGCUCCAGUUUGCGGUAGUGACAAUAUUUUGUAUAGAAAUCUAUGUGUUCUUGAAUGCGCUAGCGCCAACGCUCAGGCCAAAAAUCUUCCUGCAAUCGAAUUCCAAAAUUAUGGAGCCUGUCUAGACAGUUGCCGCUGCCCAGAAACAGUGGAACCUGUUUGUGGCACAGAUGGAAGGAUUUAUGAUAACCUUUGCACUUUUGAAUGCCAAAAUAAAAAACUAUCUUCCUCUCAAAACGAACCCCUUAAAAUUGCUAACCCAUUUACUUGUAGGGAAUGCGCGUGUAGAAAAGUAUUUGAACCGAUUUGUGGUACCGAUGGUAGAACGUAUCCCAAUAAGUGUGAAAUUCAGUGUGCUUCAUUUAGAAAGAGGGAUCCUUUCCUCCAGAUAGCCUCUCAAGGACCAUGUGCCAAAUGUUUCUGUAAAGACGACUUCUAUCCAGUUUGCGGCACUGAUCACAAGACAUACAAAAAUGAUUGUGAGCUUCGAUGUGCAAACAAUAAUCUUUCAGCAGGUGAACAAUUGAUUAGUAUAUUUUAUCCAGGGCAAUGCAUGGAAUAUGAAUGUGAUUGUAAUUGUGACUCGGAGUACGAGCCCGUGUGUGGGAGCGACAACAGGUCCUAUUGGAAUUUAUGCUACCUGAACUGUAACAGUGUCUGCAGACAAAGACAAAAACUAUCAGCAAUACUGUUUGUGUCCAAGGGCGUCUGUACGUUUUAA